CGUUUUGCUUACGCUUUAUUAAAGUUUUUGUUCUUUUACUUUUUUCGCCCUAACUGACUGAACAUAAAUAUAUUUUGUAUUAACAGUAUAAUAUAAUGUAUAUAAGUGUAUAUUAAAAUAAUGGAUUUACAGAUUUCAAAAUGAAUAUUGUGCAAUAUUCCGAAUUUAGUGCUUUAAAUUUUAAAACAACAAUCCACACAAUUCAAAGUUCUGUUGAACAUUGAAUAAAUGAUAAAUAAAAUAUGAGCACGUGGAAUUAAAAAGAAAUCGAAACAAAUUAUGCUUUUAUUAAUUGUCUUUAUAUGAAUGAAGCUUUUUGACAGUUACUUGAUUUUUCAGAUCUUUGACAGUUUUGAAUAAAAAUUUUGAAUGACAAUGGCUAAGGCAUUAACUGUACUGAAAACAAUACGAAAUAAUUGGAAGAAAUCGUUAGUAGUAACUGCAGCUCUUUCGUAUGGAGUAUCAUAUGGCAAACAAGUAUACGAAACGGAACAAUUAAUGCGACAAUGUUGCAAAGAAGCAGCAAAAUAUGGAGACGUACCUUGCCCAACAAAUGUUAAGCCUCGUCAUGUGACAAUUAUUCUAAAUCCAGCAGCUAAGAAAAGGAAAGCCAAGAAACUCUUUGAAAAUUACUGUGUGCCUUUACUACAUUUGGCUGGUAUUGCAGUAACUAUCAUAAACACACAGUCAGGAAGCCAUGCACGCAGUGCAAUAAUUGAUCUGGAAACACCUACAGAUGCUAUUAUUGUAGCAGGUGGAGAUGGUACCUUAUCAGAUGUAGUCACUGGCUUAAUGAGAAAGUAUGAGAAUAAUCUGCAAUCCGUCAAGCAGUGUCCUAUUGGUAUUCUGCCACUGGGAAAUACAAACACAAUGGCGAGCAAAUUUUUUAAAAAAUACACAGAUUUAUCUGAUAUACAUCAUAUGAUUGAUGCGACAAUGGCAAUAGUAAAAAAUAAUUUUAAAUUAAUAGACACAUUUGAGAUUAAGGUAUUAGAAGAUAACUCAGAUAAAUUCAUAAAACCAGUUUAUGCUGUAGGAAGCAUCAAAUGGGGAGCAUGGAGUGAUACACAUGCACAUAUUGAUAAAUAUUGGUAUUGGGGCUUCUUACGCAAAUAUGCAGCUUACGUGUUCAGUGGUUAUAAAUCAGACCUAAAUUGGAAUUGCAAUGCAAUACUAAAAUACACCAAUCCUUGCAAAGGAUGUUCAUACUGUUAUUCUAGAGAAAUAUCUUCUGAUCAGUCUGCAAGGUCAAAUAGGAGAUGGUGGAAUGCAUUUUUACCAAAGACACGGACAUUUGUACCUGAUAAUCAUGUUGAUUAUAGUAAAGUAAUAAACGAAGACUGUGGUACUUUUCAUGAGUUAUCAAUUUCGACAACCGAACUACACAUAAAAACUGAAAAUGUAAACAUACCAGUCCAAUCAGCACCUUUGUUAAAAGUAGCUGUUGCACAGAAUAAUGUUGACUACAUCUCAUUUGUUGAAGAAGGAUGGAAACAAGAAAAAUACGACAAAUCACUGGUAAAUCCAAUAUUGGAUGCAAAAUACAUCGAAUUAUAUCCUGAAAUAAAUGAAAAUCGGAUAUUUUACAUUGAUCACGAAGAAUACGAUUUGAAGCCAAUUCAAAUUAGAUUACUCCCGCAAUCUGUAACAAUAUUUUAUCCUGGAAAUAGUUAGUAAAAAAUAUAAAGAAAUAAAUUAAUGCAAUUCAAAAUAA